AUGGCCGGUGUUGUCGAUCCUGAGCUCGCCAACAGGACGACCGAGUCGCUCGAGAGACCUGACAUGUCUGAAAACCCGCCCCGGUUCAUCAUUAUUGGCGCGGGCUCCCGGGGUCAAGCAUAUGCCAGUGCCAUCAGCAGGGCCUGCAAUGGAGUCGUCACAGCCGUCUGCGAGCCGCUCAAGUUCAAACGCGACACUUUUGGCCGGAAACAUUUGUGGGGUCACGACGGUCCGCAGGAAGGUCAGUCGUUCACGACCUGGACCGAAUUCGUCGAGUAUGAGAAAUCCCGGCGGCAGAGAGCGGCUGCGGGCGACAAGGAGGUUCCUCAGGGGGUGGAUGGUGCCUUCGUGUGUGUGCUUGACGACAUGCACAGGCAAGUCGUGGUUGCCCUGGCGGAGCUUCGUCUUCACAUCAUGUGCGAGAAGCCGCUUGCUACAAACAUGGAAGACUGCCUGGCCAUGUACAAGGCCCUCAAGCCCCUGCAAGGAUCCAGCAUCUUUUCCAUCGGCCACGUGUUGCGAUACAGCCCUCACAACUUGCUUCUGCGCAAACUCUUGGUCGACCAUCAGGUCAUUGGUCAUGUGAACAGCGCGGUGCACACAGAACCUGUCGGGUGGUGGCAUUUCGCGCAUUCCUUCGUCCGGGGGAACUGGCGCAACGACGGGACUUCGGCCCCGUCGCUGCUUACCAAGAGCUGUCACGAUAUUGACUUGCUUCUCUGGCUCCUCUCGGCUCCUGCCAAGGCUGGGCAAGGCGCGGCUCAUUUGCCAGAGUACAUCACCUCGACUGGUGGAGUGCAGUUCUUCAAGAAGAGCCGCAAGCCUGCCGCUGCCGGCGACGCGACCAACUGUUUCAAGUGUGCCCUAGGUGACUCGGGAUGCAAGUUCUCGGCCAAGGACAUAUACAUGGGCAACCGGGUCGGUCUCGGCCGCGGCAACAUCAAGUGGCCCGUGGACAUUGUCGUGCACGACAUUGAAGACUACCAAACGAACCAGGAACGUCUCGACGCCAUGGCCAAGGCCCUCAGUGAGGACUGGGACGAGUCCACGCCCAAGGACGAGGUCAGCAAGCGCCAGUGGUACGGCCGGUGUGUUUACGAAGCCGACAACAACGUGUGCGAUGAGCAGUUUGUCACAAUCACCUGGCCCGAGAGCGUACGACCCGCCAAACGCGUCACCUUUCACAUGUCUGCCCAAACCAGAAGACAAUGCGAACGGGUCAGCCAGUUUUACGGCGAGCAUGGCGAGAUUCACGCCGACUCGAGAAAAAUCACCGUCGAGGACUUUAGAACCGGCGAGACCAAGACAUACGAGCCCACCACCACCGAUCUUGGCCACGGCGGCGGCGAUACUGGCUUGGCUCAGCAGUUUGUACUGGCGUGUGACCGGGUCAAGAACCACGGCUGGGAUGGCGAAAGCGCGCAAAACGAGUUUGUUGGAUGUACUCUGGAAGAGGUCAUUCGGAGUCACGCGCUGGUCUUUGCCGCCGAGGACGCUAGAGUGAAGAAGACGGUUAUUGACUGGCAGCAAUGGUGGAAUGAGCACAUUACCGACACCGUCGACGCCCAGGCCUGA